AUGUCAAACGUAAAUUCGAACGAAUUAAGUACUCCUAUUGAUCAAGUGCCUUCUGUUAUUUUUCUUUCUACUCAAGAUUCAUCUACAAGUCCAGCCAUGGAUGAUGCCACUACAAAUGUUGAUGAAUCAAAUCAAAAUAAAGAAAAAGAAGAUGAGGAAAGUCCAUUUUGUCUGAAAAAAAGGAAGCGGACUUCAAAAGUGUGGACUGAGUUCAAGGAAAUUUCACUUUCUGAUGGAACAGUGAAGGCAGAAUGUAUUCAUUGCAAGCACCAACUUGGAGUGUGCAAAACUGGUGCCACAACACACUUGCUUAGACAUUUAAAGAGUUGCCUAAGAAGGAAGGUGAAUUUGAAAGGGCAACAACAACUCAACAUCACAACAACCAUAGCUGAGACAGAAAGUGUGACUUCUGUGCAAAAUUUUAAAUAUGACCAUGCAAAAAAGGUUAGUCGUGCAACUGCAAGGAAAGAUUGUUUUUCUGCGUAUGAAAUUGAGAAGAAGAAAGUGAAAGCAUUACUGAAGGACACUGACAAGGUUAGUGUGACCACGGAUUUAUGGAAGUCUGGGCAGCACAUUUCAUACAUGGUUGUUACUGCCCAUUUUGUGGACUCUGAAUGGAAGUUACAAAAACGUACUUUGAAUUUUUGUGAUGUCCCACCACCUCAUACAGGUGUUGUUAUAUGUGAUGUGCUACAAAAAUGCUUAGUUGAAUGGGGCAUCGAAGAUAAGGUAUGGACUAUUAGUGUUGAUAAUGCCAGUUAUAAUGAUGUUGCUGUUAGGAUGUUGAAGGAUAAUCUUGCUUACAAGAAUAGUCUUGCACUUCAUGGUAAAUUAUUUCAUGUGAGAUGUUGUGCACAUAUUUUGAAUUUAUUGGUACAAGAUGGUUUGUCUGAGAUUGCAGAUAUAAUUAAAAAUGUGCGUGAAAGUGUAAAACAUCUUGUUGCUUCUGAGUCUCGCCGUUUAAUUUUUAGUGAAAUUGCAAAACAAUUGAAAUUACCUUCCAAGAAGCUUCUUUUAGAUUGUGGCACAAGGUGGAAUGCAACUUAUUUCAUGUUAUCAGCUGCUUUGGAGUUUAAAGAUGUCUUCCUUCGAUAUCAGCAAAGAGAUUCAAGUUAUACAUAUUUGCCUAGUGAGGAUGAUUGGCAAAAGGUUAAGGAAGUGUGUUCUUUUCUUGAAGAAUUUAAUGAAGUUACCAAUGUUAUUUCAGGUACUGAAUAUCCAACUUCAAAUUUAUUUCUUCAUGAACUUCAUUCAAUAAAAAAUUAUUAG